UCUGUCUUGUAGUCUGCAGGAGGAAGUAGGACCGUGUACAUUCGCCUGCCCAGAUUGGCUGCACCCUGUGUCUUCCCUGCAUCUCCUGAGACAGACAUGGCAAAUAAAAGGAGGUCAUAAACCCCAAUGCGGUUUUGGGCGUGCGCACACCAAGCCAGCUGUAGGACGGGGUGGAAGCGAGAUGAGAAUACUAAGCAGGCACCUCAUGGCUCAGCAUCAGCACCGGGCUGAGUUAGGAUUUGCGCACCCUCCAAACUUGGCUUGGGACCUCAGCAUGUGAACGGGCUUUGCAGGAAGAGGAUCCACCUAGAAUGUCAGCUCUGAAGAAGGUGUUGCCAGGCAUACUGCAGAAGCAUUGCUGCAUCUUACCAGACAGGAACACAGGUGUGAAGAGGUUGCUGAUGAAAUUGAAGAGCAGGGAGAUAUACUCAGAAUCACAGUGCACACUGUGUGGUGAACCAGAAGACCAGCAGUAUUCAUGGUCGCCCUCGCAAUACUUCGAUGAGGACAGCUACUCCCCUCCACCCAGGAACAUGAAGGGUCUCUCUGGCGGCCGCCCUGCCCAGCUCCAGCUCACCUCAGCCCACACCUGCGGCCUGGCUGAAUGCGACCAUUCCCUGGACCACCACCUCCACCAUGGCAACUCACGGCCCCCCUCCUACCUCCUCAGCCCCACUGAGAGCUGCCCCCUUGAGAGUCACCAUCGCUGCUCCCCGCGGAGCUCCAUCCACUCUGAGUGCAUAGUGAUGCCGGUGUCCAUGUCAGCCACCGACCACUCCAUCUCUAGUAGCACUUUCCCACGCAUGCACUACGGCAGUGCUUCGCGGGACAGCGGUGGCAACACUUCUGGCGGCAAGGAAUCCAGAGACGAUGGUGGCUCAUCCUCGCAUGGUGGCAGUGGCAAAAUGAACCGAAUCCCAGCAAACCUCCUGGACCAAUUUGAGAAGCAGAUGCCGCUGCACCGAGAUGGCUUCCACACGCUGCAAUACCAACGCACCUCCACCACAACCACAACUACAGAGCAGCGCAAUGAAAGCCCUGGGCGAAUACGCCACUUAGUCCAUUCGGUACAGAAGCUCUUCACAAAGUCACACUCUCUAGAAGGUUCCUCCAAAAUGAACGGUACCAAAAGCGACUCGCACCGGGACAGCUCACACCACCACCAUCACCACCACCAAGGUCACCACAAACACAGCAAGCGCAGCAAGAGCAAAGAACGUAAAUCUGAUGGCAGCAGCAAGCAGCGCUCGGGAGGCUGGUGGAGUUCAGAUGACAACCUGGACAGUGACAGCACGUACAGAACACCCAGCGUCAUGUCACGGCAUCCUAUGGACCACAUCACUCACUGCUACCCUGACUCAAUGCACGGCCACCUGGCUGGUGACCUGUCGCUAAAGACCUCCAAGAGUAACAACGAUGUCAAGUGCUCAGCCUGUGAGAGCAUAAGCAUGGCACCAGAGGGAAAGUUCAUGAAGAGGAGCUCCUGGUCAACGCUAACGGUCAGCCAAGCCAAGGAGGCCUACAGGAAGUCCUCACUCAACCUGGAGAAGCCCAUGACGCCCACUGACCUCAAGCCCAACCUCAGGCCCUGUCACUAUCUACAGGUGCCCCAGGAUGACUGGGGGGGAUACCCUGGAGAUGGGAAGGAUGAUGAGAUCCCUUGUCGUCGGAUGCGGAGCAGCAGCUACGUUAAAGCCAUGGGGGACGAGGAGAGCGGAGAGUCGGACUCCAGCCCCAAGACAUCGCCUCAGAAGUCAGUGCAGCCCGAUGCCCUGGUCAAGGCCAUCAUCAGACCCAGGGACCUGCUGGACUCUCAGAGCUCUUACCGCCUGGAUAAAAUCAACAGUGACAUGCGUAACUACAUCACCAAUUUUGCUGCAGACUUAAGUCAGAGCUACCACUUGCAAGCCACCAGGGACAUGCACCCAAGCAUUGCCCUGGAUCCCUCUGCCAACUACAACUCUCCCAAGUUUCGCUCCAGGAACCAGAGCUAUAUGCGGGCCGUCAGCACCCUUAGUCAGGCUAGCUGUGUUAGCCAAGUAAGCCAGGUGAGUGAAACAGAAAUAAAUGGCCAGUUUGAAUCAGUGUGCGAGUCAGUGUUCAGUGAGGUGGAAUCCCAGGCCAUGGAAGCUUUAGACUUGCCCGGCUGCUUCAGAACCCGGAGUCACAGCUACCUGCGAGCCAUCCAGGCCGGCUACUCCCAAGACGAUGACUGCAUCCCCCCCAUGGCCUCCACUGUCACCUCCACCAUCAGGUCUACCACAGGGAUCCAGUUCUGCCUCCCCUCCACCUGCAGCAUUGAUCGGACUCCUCAGCAAACACCAGCCAUCACGUACACACCCAACUACAAGAAGACCCCUCCUCCGGUCCCGCCCCGCACCACCUCCAAACCUCUCAUCUCCAUCACGGCCCAGAGCAGCACCGAGUCCACCCAGGACGCCUACCACGAGGGGAGGCACCCUCAUGGUGGUAUGUGGGCCCCUGACGGUCUCAGCCUGGGGCUGGGCCCAGGCAGGGCCCUCUAUAACUCCAACGACAGCCUGGACAGUGCCAAGGCUGUGACCAUAGCCAUGGAGGCAGCCGGAGUCAUGGCUGGAAAAAGACACCCGUCCACAGACAGCCACAGCUCGGUGCUCACCUGCGACAAGGCCAUCCUGGUGUCCAAGGCUGAGGAGUACUUGAAGACACCUCGAUCCUCUAUAGGCAUACAGGUGGAAGCUGCCACGGACUCUGAAUCUGAAAGCAAAGGCUCGCGGGAGUACCACUCGGUUGGGAUCCAGGUGGAGGACAACAAGAAAGGACAGGGCAGGUUCAAACGCUCCAACAGUGUGACUGCAGCUGUGCAGGCUGACAUGGAGUUGGAGGGCUUCCCUAUUAUGGAGGACAAAGGCCUGCAGUUCGGUGGGGGCUUCCAGCGUCACUCAGAGCCCAGCACGCCCACCCAGUACGGGGCGGUGCGAACCGUACGUACCCAGGGACUCUUCAGCUACCGUGAGGAUUACCGUACCCCUACUGAACCCCCCAGCCCCAGGGAGACCACCAGCGAGACCACCUGGCAGCUGGAACCCCCCUCCCCACGGGAGAGCGCGGUCUCGUCGGGCGAGUCAGGCAGGGCGUCCCCUUCCCUGAGGAGGGAUGGGAGCUGGUUCAUGCAACUGCUCCACACAGAGACCAAGAGGAUGGAGGGCUGGUGUAAGGAGAUGGAGGCAGAAGCUGAAGAAAAUGAUCUGUCAGAGGAAAUACUAGGCAAAAUCCGAAGUGCAGUGGGAAGCGCUCAGCUGCUCAUGUCUCAGAAAUUCCAGCAAUUCUACUGGCUAUGUCAGCAAAACCUGGACCCCAGUGCUAUGCCGCGGCCCACCUCUCAGGACCUGGCUGGGUUCUGGGACCUACUGCAGCUCUCCAUUGACGACGUCACCGUGAAGUUUGACCAGCUGCAGCAGAUCAAGAACAACAACUGGAGGCCUGUAGACAGCCCAGAGAAGAAGCCACCAGCUCCUGUACCAAAGAAGACAGCUCGACAGAAGAGUGUGAUGACGAGGGAGAAAUCCCUGGACCUCCCAGACAGGCACCGGCAGGAGGCCCGUCGGCGGCUCAUGGCCGCCAAGCGGGCAGCCUCCUUCAGGCAGAACUCAGCCUCAGAGCGAGCAGACAGCAUCGAGAUCUAUAUUCCCGAGGCUCAGACUAGACUUUGAGAAGAUAGGGUCCGGGGCCAACACAUCUCCCUGCUCCCACGUUCAAACAACUUUAAAACUAGCCUUUUUUCUAGACUGCUACUCUCUCUAUUCUUCCUUUAUCCAUCUGUUGUCUGAUCUCGAUAGCCAUCCUCAGAGCCCAUCGCCAACACCAUUGGUCUGUAGGAUGUGCCAAGCCUCUUCUCCCAUUGCCAAUAAGUGUUAGCAGAAAUGUAUGUCUGACAUGGGUUGGUUGGGUUUCUCCUUGGUUUGCUGGUGAUCAUGAUACCCAGCCUACAAGCUCUCUCAUCCAAUGUCCUGGAUGGGUACGUCUGUAGUUUUUCAGCAUUUGCAAAGUGCCAUUUAAAAAGUGCAGCUUUGAAUACCUACCAGCAACAAGGCCUUUGAGCUAAAAAGAGUAAAUGAGUAAAUUAUAUUUAUUUCAAGUUGUUCAAAAAUGGUCAAAGUUAGUAACCCUUCAGUAUUUUUCAAUAAUUUAAGGUUACAUUAUGACUUUUUUUGUUCCUCUGGUCUUUUUUGGGGUAAAUGUUAAUUACAAGCUAAAUAUCACAAAAUUGUUGUAAGUUAAAAACUUUUAAAAGUGCCGAUGCUUGAAAUACCUCAACUAUGUGCAUGUGGCACUGAUCACCCAUUCAAGGUUAUUCAGGCAGCCCUUAUAAGCUCUGGACUGGUCAGUGUUGAAAAAUGCAGCUUUCUACCCAAUCUGGUUGUAGUCAAACAUUUGUCUUGGUCUGGAUUGGUGGAAGAAUGACAUCUGUCAGCUCAUUAACAUGCACAUUUCAAACAACUUUCCUAUAUAUCUCAUGUUCCUGUUGCCAACUUUCAAAUAUUGACAUUUACUUGAAGCUGAAAACAUGCAAGUCUUGUGCCAAUAUUUUCAUUAUGUCAAUGCAGUAGAAAAAAACUAUGAAGGUUUGUGUAACUCCUUAGAUCAAAAUGUGUAGACAAAUGCACUUAUGCACUUAUUACAAUUCUCUCUAUUUCCAAGGGAAAUGUACAUACCCAAGUUCACAAUAGUACUGUUGUAUUUUUUAAUUGUGAGCGGGAAGAAUAGUCAUCGCGUAUAUUUUUUCCCUCAUGUCCACUGCUUGCCUGCCCUCUCUAUUGCUUUUGACAAAUCUAGAUUUGUUGCCGACAUACAGUGGCUUAAACACACACACAAAACCAUACUGCUGUGUUUUCAUCUAAUAUACUUCUCUCAGGCCCUUUCAAAUAGCGCCCUCAGCCACAGUUAAUGAGGAGUGAUAGAAAAACUGCCAAAACAAAAUAUCUGCAUACUAGUUUCUUUAAUCCAAGAAAAGACUUGUUAUUUUCAUAUUUCUUGAAAAGUUCUGUGUUGUUGAAAGUCUCCUGAAGCAGUAUCAUAACUGUAUUCACUCCCUCUAGGAAAGGCUGGGAAAUAAUGAAACAAAAUUGGGGCAAAGGCAUUCCAGAGGGAUCCAAGCAGCAAGUCCCAAAUAACUAAAACUUGCAAGUCUCUUUUUGAGAGGAAAUACAUGAGGAACAGGAUAGUAACUGUCUGUGGCUAUGCAGACCCAUGUAUGAUAUUUGGUCAAAACAUGAUGUAGAUAGCUAGAUAUUAUUAUUUGCCUUUGAUUCCCAUCACAAUGUUGAAAUGUACCAAUUGCACCAGCUCUUCAUAAGUUCAAACCUAGCUUCCUUAUAACUUAAGUGUUUAAUGCUAAGUGGAGAUUUCCACAUCACUACAUGAAAACGGGUUGACCACACAAACAAAUUCUACAGACAAUUGUUACAAAAUACUUACACAUACUAACUGCCAGGUGUAGCUGUUACCUAGCUAACUGAACCAACUGACAAAACCAACGUUAGCUUGCUAACGUUUAGAUUGAGGAUUAAAAGAGUUAACAUGAAAUAUAGUCGACGGAAUAUAUCUGACCUGGCACUUAAUCAAAUGUCUUUUAAUAAUGAUGUAAACUGUAAAGAUUUUAAAUUACAUUUCAUGAAAAUAACACAACACACCUCAGAUUACAUAACAUUAUGCUAAUAACAUGCAGGCUAAAUGACUGAAUGUGUUAGCAUAAUCAGAUAUUUCUGCAUGAAUACUGCUAACUCUGAAACACAUGUUUCUAAUUUAAAAUACUAAAUGGUUGCUAGCUAAGACAUUUUUUCUAAGUUUUUAUGGUACAACCAAGUAAAUCACUAGUUUGAAACUAGCCAGUAGAUACUAAGAACUUAGGUAGGAUUUUACAUGCAAACUUAGUAAUGGAUUUGCGAAUAGCUGGUGCAGCCCAAUCAUGGUAUGUGAUGUGAAAGUGGAAAACCUAAAGUUGUGGGGCCUUGGAUAUGAGUCUGUAGUGGUCAUAGCAUUUACUUCCAGGUGGUUAUAAGUAAAUUGCUCAUAAAGGUAAACUCAUCUUAAAAACUAAAAUUCUGCUGCUCUUUAUUAUCAGACUUUGGUGCCAGUAACUUGAACUUGAUUGGUCUUCAUUACGUUGCCACUGUUAUAAAUCACUGACCUAAAGACUGAACUCUAUUGGUAAAAACUUUGGAUAAUCAACCAACUAAAUGGUGCUGCUUUUUAUUUCAUAAAUACAGCACUAGACAAACAAUCAAUGCAACACAAUGUGCUGUCAGCUGAUACAGCACUUAAAAAAUCUAUUUUUAUGACUUAGAAAUUUUUGGUUGAGUGAUUGUGCCAGUGUGCCUGGCUUUAUUUUGGGUAGGACCAGGGAGAUUUAUCAUAUAACAGUAACACAAGUACAUUUCUCUGGAUUUGAAUAUUUUGUGUGCAUGUGUGUUUUGUUGAUAUGUGUGCGUGUAUCUUGUUUUUUUAGCGCAGUGCUGACAUAUUCAGAGAAGAGAGGGUGAAUCUGGGGUCAGUGUGGCUUGAUUUCCCUAUUACUACCCUACCCAACUGUGGCCUGACCUGCAUCUCUCUCUCUCUCACACACACACACACACACACACACACACACACACACACACACACACACACACACACAUUGUCCCUAUGUCAUCAGCACACUGUUGAAACAUAUUUUAGAUACCAUACCAUAGCAUAUAUUUUACUUUUUGUGCAACAGAUUGUAUUUUUGAUAAAAUACAAUCCAAAUUUUUUAACCAUAUGCAUAUUUGCACCUAUGUGAAUUUAGGCUCUUAACACAUAGGCUCUCACCCAUUGUGACUCCUCGUAUAGAUGUGUUUCACUCUAAUUUGUUUCUAGUGUUCAAACCAACCUUUCACUGUAUCAGAAUUCAUGAGACAUUGUUUAGUUGUCUUAAAUUCGUCUAGCAGAGUUCAGACGGUACAUUUAAAAAGAGCUUAAAAGUAUAUUCAGUCCAACAAAUCACCAAGUAACCAAAGUCAGCGUAGAGCGACAGUGAUUCAAACAUGCAGUACCAUACUUCAGUUACAGAUUGGACUUUUAAUGGCCCACGGCUGAGUGAUAGAUUAUACAUUCUUUUUAAAACACACCCAUCUAUAAUUCUGCAGUUUUUUCAUUGCAGAGGCAGGGACCUUUAACAGUAUGACAGUGGUUUCUGGAAAGCGUCUGGGUGUGUGAUGCCAGGCAGUUGGCAGAGCAGAGACGUUCCCCUGCUGUUGCCACAGUGGUAGGCAGACGUGAGAGAGACAGACUCGGCCUGACAUAUGCUGGCUUAGAGGAGACGAGAGCUCUGCACUGAGCCCCAAACUGCUGGUGCUGUAUGCUGUUGUGUAGCUGGAAGGCUGUUCUGUGACGAUCGCUAGGUGCUGGGUAUUUUUCAGCCUCCCUUUGACUAAGCAAAGCAGCUUAUGUAAGAUUUCGGGUCCUCUGUGAGAUCAAGCUAACAGCCUCCAAGGCCUUUCAAAGCUUGUGUUGAUAAAUGUAUUGCUGAAUAGUGGCCUACACUGUAGAACUUAAGCAUCAGCAUUACACGUAUUUCUAUCUAGUCUGUGCUCAGCUAGUUUCACUGAAGGCUGCCACUGAAACAACAGAGGAGUUUCUCCCUUAUGCAAAUUGAUCAGGGCUGUGAAAAGUGUAUCCGCUACCUUUGGUUCAGUUUAAAGCAUAUCUCUCACUUCUCUCACACAUAGGCAUAAACCCCCCCCCAGUAAUCAAAAUUGGCCAGUAUAACCCCCCCAAAUAUCAUAUUAUAAUGAUGAAUCAAAUAAAAAAUAACUGUUAUAAAACAUUAUAAAGUUAUUGAUUUUCUCGAUUCAAUGUAAUUCAAUAAUUAUCACAGAAUAAUAGGGAUUAAGUACAGUUAAUACUGUAACAACAAAUUGAAACGUUACAAAUUGGGUGCUUUUGUACAAAGUGAAUGAUUUUAUGCUAUUCAACUGCUCUAGUUUGGAAAUGUAAAGCAUGUUGUUUUGGUAUGUCUCUUCCCCUUAAAAUUAACAUGAAACAGACAUUUAAAAGCCUAUUUGCAAAACAAAUCUCCGGGGGGGGGGGCAUGUCCCCGGACCCCCCUGCAUGGGUGGCAAAUCUCAGCCUCCCCAGUGUUCAACCCAAAGUUACGCCCUAGCAUUCACAUAAUUGCAAUGAGACCGUUUUUUUAUUUUUUAUUUAGUUAAACUAUGAACGAACUAUUUCAAAUAGUAAAGUGGAAUUCGUGUCAGAAGUCGUGAGGGAGUGGAAAACGUUGAAAUGGAUUUAUGCAAUAGAGACACAGACUUUGGUAAAUUUACAGCUACAGUUAGAGGUAAGAAUUGGGCUUGCAGAAUUCAUACAUUUAGUUUGAGAACCAUUCCCUUUUGGAAAGAAAAAUAUUACCUUGGCACUCCUGAGACUCUCACAGAGCCAUUUUCUAAACUAUGAACAAAAUCUCUCUGCUGUAAUGGCUGGGUCAAGUUUGCCUCCCAGUGAAAAUCAUUUUCCAUCUAUUUUUUUUUUUUAACCUUUUCACUCGUUUUUGUCCAAAUAGGUAUGAACACACAGGAACAGCUGUAAUGGCCUCCUGUUAAAAAGUGAUCCUGUAUUUCCUUGUUGAAACUUAUUUCAGUGGGUGUUGUGUUGGAUCAUUUUGGUUGACUUGUGUGGUGUGCAUGUGAUACUGUGAGCAUUGGAGGAUUCCUUACUUGUCAGAAAGCAACUGUGGUGGUGUUUCAGUUAAACAGUUAUGGUAAAUUAACAGCUAGUCACCCACCAAAACCUUGUGAAAUCUCCAAGGGCAGAAAAUUGCACCAGUGUCACAUUUAAUGUCAUGAGGGCAGCAAUUAACUACAAGUGCCAUCUUUUUUGACUUAUCCAGCAUACUGUAAAAUCAUUACUCCACGCAGCCACAUAUCCUUCAUUAAUUUUAUGUAAGCAGACCAUUCCUGCCAUCGCCUACCUUUUCCCAUUUCCAGUCACAUAUUUCUAUCAUUUCAGCUCGUAUCUCGACAUCUGUGGCCUCACUUUCUGGUACGACUGUCUUUCUGCUUUUAACUCUAGAACCUGUGAUGUGAAAUAUUUCAAGGGGACUUUUUCGUAAACAUGUCGUGGAAAGAGCAUCAGACUCACUGAGAUAGACUGAUACAACACUUCCUUGAACUUGGAAUGUGAAACCACUCUAUAAUUACUAGAUAAAAUGAAAAAGGUAGUUGUUUAGCUAAAACUAUUUUCAUCUCUUGUAUAUCAUAUCUAUAGUGAGGAUGAAUAUAAUGCCAAAUAUUCAUUAUUUGUAAAGAAAUAUAUAUAGAUAUAUAAAUAUAUAAUAUAUGCUUCAUUGAAACAUAACCUAUUUUCUGCAUUUGCACAUGUUUUGUUGUCAUUUUUACUUUAUGAUUAUUUUAUAAGCUGAUAUGAUGGCAUGCGAAAUACUGAUUCUGAAUGUAGGCUUUUUUUUUUGUUAAAAUGUAUGACACUGUCCCGCUGAUAUGUCAUGUAUUUAUUUAAAUCAAUCACAUAUGCAUUUCUCAGUGUGUUAUUUUAGUGCAAGUUACCGUAUCAUUGGGUUAUUUUUUGUAUUAUUUGAGUAGUUUGCAACAACAUAUGCAUUUUCCUCCAUUCUUUCCUAGCUGAGCUUUUGAAAGGAUUUUGCCUCUUUAAUUAGUUUGAUCAUUGCUGAGGUCAUCCAGUGUAAAUAAUUCUGCAAUUAAAUUUUUGGAGAAAAAGUUUGGAAAA